AUGAGCGAAGCUGUCGAGGCCGUACCGGCCUCCAGGACCACCAGCCAGUAUGACCUAACCCGGACCAUCAGCAAGUACUUGGAUCUGCACAUGAUGUUUCCGCUGCUGGACUUCGUGGAGAUGUCGAACAUCUACCCCGCGGACCAGGUCGCGCAGGCCCGGCUCGACCUCCUCGACGGGACGAACAUGAGCGACUACGCAAUGGAGAUCUACAAAAGCCUCAACAGCACGGAUGAAGACCCGCCCGACAUGGUGGAACGUCGCGCGGAGGUGUUCGCCCGCAUGUCUACCCUUAAGGAUGAGGCUGGCAUCCUGACGGAGGUCUUCGCCGACAAGGCUGUGGUGGAGGAGGCGGCGGUGACCCAAGUGGACCCCGCCAGCUUCACCCAGCAGCAGCUCUCGGUGGAGAAGCUGAUCAAGGAGCAGAACUUCACCUGGAAGGGCAUCAAGGGCGAGCUGGGGCUAGAGGACUCAGCCCUGGAGUCGUACUACGCGAACGCUAAGUUUCAGUCAGACUGCGGGGACUACGUGGCCGCCGCCGCCGCCCUCAAGAGCUACUGCGACAUCACGCAGACCCCCGGGGUCCCCGGCAGCGGUCCCAACGGCAUGAGCGCUCUGUGGGGCCGGCUUGCUUGCGAGAUCCUGGUGGCUAACUGGGACGGCGCGUUGACCCUGUUGCGAGAGCUCAAGUCCUGCAUCGAGUUCACCAACGCUCCCCCGUUGCAGCAGUUGCAGCAGAGGAGCUGGCUUCUGCAUUGGAGUCUGUUCGUCUUCUUCAACCACGCCAACGGAAGGGAUGAGCUUGUCACGUUGUUUUUCGAGGAGCCCUUCAUGCAAGCCAUCCAGACCAACUGCCCCUGGUUGCUACGGUAUUUGGUGACGGCGAUCAUCCUCACCAAGGCGGGGGCGGGAGGAGGCAAGUACGUGAUGCGGGACUUGAUGCGUGUGCUGGAGCACGAAAAGCACGCCUACACCGACCCCGUAACCGAGUUCCUGGAGGGGCUUCAGGUGUCCUUCGACUUCGAUGGCGCACAGGCACGGCUGGUCGAGUGCGAACGGGUUCUGCUGAGCGACUUUUUCCUUUGCAAUUGCGCGGACGAGUUCAUGGAGGCGGCCCGCCACUUCAUCUUCGAGACGUACUGCCGCAUACACCACAAGAUCGACAUCGGCAUGCUCGCCGAUAAGAUGGGGAUGGAGAUGGAAGCAGCCGAGAAGUGGAUAGUAGACCUCAUCCGGGGAUCUAAGUUGGACGCCAAGAUCGACUCGCGCGACAACAACGUCAUCAUGGGCGGCACGUUCCCGUCCGUCUACCAGCAGAUCAUGGGGAAGACAAAAGACCUGACGGUGCGCAGCUACACCCUGGUCAACAUGCUCAAGCAGCUUGCCACCGACACCGCAAACGGCGUCACCCCUGAUCCGGCUAACUACAGCGGCCGCGGCGGUGGCGACUGGGGCAGCGGGCGGGGUCGUGGGAGGGGGAGGGGCGGCGGGGGACGGUCAGGCGGCCGGGGAGGCGACAGGGGCGGCGGCGGGGGCAGAGGUAGCAGCGGCGGCGGCGACCGGGGUUACCAGGGCAGAGGGGGCGGCAGGAACAGCUCCCGUGGGGGGGACUGGUGA